CGCCCUGCUGACUCCCCAGCUGCGCUCAGUGCCGUGAUUGCAUUUCCAGAGCCACCUCCGUCCCCGUACUCGUUUCUCUUUGGGUGGUGGUUUCCCCCUCGCUUUGCCUCCCGCUCGCAGCCGGAGCCCAGAAGCGAGGAGGCGGUGCGAUUGGCUGCGGAGCGGCCCCAGGAGCGGCGCUCACGCGGCACACGCACUGCUCACACCCCACCAAAACUCACUCGGGUGCGCUUGCAGUAGUCGGGGCGAGGAGCGAGCAACACCUCCACCUCUCGCCACGGGAAAUAAACACCGUCGCUGCAGCCAGCACCGGGAAGGACGGGCGCUCUGCGAGGCGGUGCUUUCCUCCACCCCGCUGCUUUUUUUUUUUCCUCUCCAUUUUUCUUUCUUUUUUUUUUCUUUUUUUUCCCCCCAAAAAGAGGAAUCCGCGGCUCUGAGUUCCUCGCACAGCGUCGCGGGUGCCGGGCUCCGCGAUGGCAGCUCCGGCCCGCUGGGUGCUGUGCUUGUGCUUGGGCUGCCUGUGCCUGGCUCCGGGGGACGUGCUGCGGGCCCGCUGGGCCGGGCUGCGGCGGAGGGCUGCGCGGGGCGGCCGGGCGAGAGCAGGUGACCACGGGCUGCAGCCGAGGGACAAGGUAUCGGAGCACAUGCUGCGCCUUUACGCGCAGUACAGCGCGGGUCCGGCGGAGCCGCCCCGAGAGCCGCCCGCCCCGCACCUCCGCCGCGGGAACACCGUGCGAGGUUUCCGCCCGAGGGCUGCAGGGAGCCCUGGAAGCCAGGAGCUGUAUGUUUUUAACUUGACUUCACUCACCAAGUCAGAAAAUAUCUUGUCAGCUUCGUUGCAUUAUUAUAUCAGUGAUCUGCUGGAUGCUGACUGGAACUGUUCCCAGUCCAGAGGCUGUUCUCAUCAUGGGCACAGGAAACCUGAAAUUCAAAUACAUCUUUCAGUGUGGACUUUUCCAUCUGUUGGGAACCAGACCCGGAGUCUGGGCCACUUCCUAAUAAACAUCUCCAGCUCUUAUGGCGAUGUCCUUUCCUGGCAGUGGAAAGAUAUCACUCAGGUCCUGCACAAAGCUAAACAGAGCAAUGAACUUCUGAUUGGUGUCAGAAUGGAUUCAACCAGCCGUCACCAGUGGAAAAGGGCACCUUUUCACUAUGAGCCCUACAUUUUGAUAUAUGCCAAUGAUUCUGCCAUUUCUGAGCCAGAGAGCGUUGUCUCUAGUUUGCAAGGGCACCACAAUCCUUUGGCAAGGGUCUUCCCUAGGCCAGAAAACCGCAUGAGGAGCAGCCUUGGAAAGCGGCGGCGAAAACGCUCCACCAACGUCCUGUUGCCAUUGCAGAAUAAUGAGCUUCCAGGAGCCGAGUACCAGUACAAUGAGGAUGAGAGGUGGGAAGACAGAAAACCAUACAAAACUUUCCAGCCUCGACUGGCAGAGAGAGCAAAGAGUAAGAAAAAGCAGAGGAAGAACCAUCACCAGAAGAGCCAGACUCUCCAGUUUGAUGAGCAGACCUUGAAGAAGGCGAGGAGGAAGCAGUGGAAUGAGCCACGGUAUUGCGCCCGGCGCUAUCUGAAGGUGGAUUUUGCUGACAUUGGCUGGAGCGAGUGGAUUAUUUCCCCGAAAUCCUUUGAUGCCUAUUACUGCUCAGGGGAAUGUCAGUUCCCAAUUCCAAAGGCCUUGAAGCCAUCCAACCAUGCCACCAUCCAGAGCAUAGUGAGAGCUGUCGGCGUUGUCCCUGGAAUUCCCGAGCCGUGCUGUGUUCCUGACAAAAUGUCUUCUCUCAGCAUCUUAUUCUUUGAUGAAAAUAAGAAUGUGGUUCUCAAGGUGUACCCCAACAUGACAGUAGAAUCCUGCGCCUGCAGAUAACAUCUCAGAAGACCAUUGAGAAGCACUAAGGUGAUUACUCGCUGUUCAGUGGGGUUCUUUUCAUGAUUUAUACUUUUCGUUUGCACUGCCAAGGCAUUUCCUUCUGGGGGAAAAUAAAUAAAUAAAUCCAAACAAAAAAAAGAUGAAAAUGGAGUGGAUUCUGAAUAGCAAUUCCGAAGGAAGGGAACGUGAACUUCAUUCAUCUUUAAAUUUGAUUAAGGUGUUAAAUCAUGGCAACAGAGACUGACUGUUGCUGUUGAAACUGAGAGAUGAAAGAGAAAUUUACAGAAGAUUUUGAGAUUUUGGGGACUGUCAGAAGGACAUACUGGUCUAUUUUUGUACAUGACUUUGGAAACAGCAGUAGCUGUUAAGUUUUUGUCUCCGUUCUUCUGGUGACUGAUGGGGAGGGAGAUUUGAAAUAUACUUUCAUUCAUUUUAAAGCUAAGCUUCCCGUCAUAGGUUACUGAGUAGUGCAGCAAGAAAAAAAAACUAAACAAAUCUGACAUUCUAAGAGCCUUAGAUAACCCAAUUCAGAAUUAUAUUUCCUUGGUAUGACAUGUCGUUGACUGCAUGCACGCGUUAAUUUUUGAUAACUUAUUCUUCAUAACUCAGCUUACGAGAUGUCAGUGCCCUUGGCUGAAGAAGGCAAAACAUAUCACUGCUGCAUGGCAAAUUGUGGUAUCUAAGAAGGACUUCUCUUACAUGCCACUGUAGAAACACAGCAGGCAAAGGGUAUGAAAGUGCCACACUCAGUGAUGUCUUCAUAACAGAUAUUCUAGAGCAUAUCUGCAAAUAAUCUAUGAGUAAGUUAUGGUAGUUAAUUCCUAACGUGAAAUUAUUUGGUCCGUAACUCUUAUCUGUAGACCUUCAUGACAGUUAUUUUACCAGAACUAGCUCUGGUUUGUGAGUUUUGAUGUUAUAUUAAUCAGCUAGCAGCUUUUCUUUUUCUUGUUGCUUCUACUCUGUAAAUGUGUUGUACCUGUGCUGUUAAUUUAAGGUUUCUUACCAGCAAGUUUUGCACAACAAAAAUACAAAACAUGCUUUCCACAAGAAAAAUUAAUGUGAGAAACUAAAAGUAGGGAAAGAAGGAUCUAAUAAAUCAUAGGCACCUCUGAAAAACGUUGGUUCUGUUUUUGGGUGGAUGUCAGAGGAAUACUUCAAGCUUUAAGUUUCUAGCGAUGUCCUCUAUAGUGGAUGAAGCUUUGUAAAGCACUUCUGGCUGACAAGACCCAUGUUUUAGUUCAUGCUAAGAGUAAACAUUAAUCUUUUGGGUAAAUUAUCUACAUAAUCGACUGUAGUGUGCUUAAAGGGAAAAUAUUCAUGAGGAAUAUCUUAAUUCCCCAUGGUCAGGAGAGUUCAGUUCUCUACUUUGGAGUCAGUGGUUCUCCGUGUUUUGAAGGUGAUCGGCUUUCCCACAUGAAUGCCUCCUUGCAGCUUCAUAGCUAUGUGAAGGCAAUUUAAACACUUGAUGAUUGAUUCUUAUGUUUGGUCACUGGUGCUAUCGUGUUUACCAAUCUGAGUCAUGUGCAUGGGUGUGAGAGGUGUGGACGUAGAUCAUAUAACCCAGGAUCCUUUUAGUAAUCGUUUUUUACUGCGUGAAGUCUCAGUGGAAGCUGAUGGGAGUUUCACUUCAAAACAAAAAAAAAAAAAAAAAAGAGAAAAAAAGUAACAGCACAGAUUAGUCCCAGAUGCAAGUCAGGCUCACAGCCCUUCCAUUAUCCCUCUUGAAAAGAAUAUCCCAAUAAUGCAGCCUGAAACCUUAUUGGCUGGAAUUAAGCAAGAGUAAGCAGCACAGCUUUAGACCCAAUUGCUGUAUGUUAGGAAUCCAAGACUUUAACAGCAUCACCUGAAAAGGAGCAUAAUGAUGUUCUGCUUGGCUGUCACUGGGGCACACCCACUCUUUGUCAAUAACUGUGGAAUGUGGAACAGGUGCAACCUCCCAAGUAAAAUCUGAUCUGCCUCUUCCAACUCUACACUGAGUGUUAACUCUGUGUGUGAGACAUUUAUGCACAGGACUUGUUCUUGCAUUUGUGUUUUUAGGUGCAGCUUUCUAAAUAAAGCCAUUUUUAGAAUCUGUAAGAUGUUAAUCACCUAAGCAGUGAUGUCUGUAUAUAACGUUGUAUGAGUAGGGACUUCAAAAUAAUAUCCAACCAAUGUUAUUAAUCACCAUUCUAGUCUUAAAUCAGCAUGAGGGGCUUUCGCCACAUAUUCUGUUUUUUGAAAUUCUAUAAAUUGAUGAAUGGCACCGCUUCCCAUCUAAUUAUAUAGCAUCUAAUGCCAGCGUGUUAUUUUUAUGGUUUUAUUUUUAUGCAGCGGCAGAGCACGUUUCAUGAGGUGCCACAUGCCCAUGGGGUUGUGAAUCACUCUGCUCUGGUGCAGGACUGGUCCAAAAGCUUUGGAUGUUCAUUUCUGAGGAGAUGCUUGGAAGUUUGCAGGAGACGGACUGUUUGUUGAGAGACCCAUUCCUCCUUGUAAAAACAGCCUUUGUAAAUGGUUUCUUUUUAAAAGUUAAUGUAUGUACAGACAAUGUCAAAUAAAGAAAAAUAGCAAAAAAAAAAAAAGUUAUUUUGUAUAUGGAAAGAAACUUUUACAGAUACUUUUAAUUUAUUUUAUAUCUGUGGCCAUCUUGUCCUUUUCCUAUUUUCGUCUCAACGCUCUCUGAACAAUACAAUUGUCACUGUUGUUGCAAAGAUGAAAAGCAAAGACCAUGGUCAGGUUCACAACGACAAAUCACAGCAGCACUGUGAAAGAUACAUUUCACUACUGAUGUAUAAGCUUGCCUAAUUUGUAUUUGUUUCCUUUCAGUAACAGGAAACUUUCACUAUGAACUCUGGAUAAAAUAUAAAAUAAAAUCACUUUUUACAUGAAAA